AUGGCAAAUUGGCCCAGGGGCUACGGCUUGAUCAGUGAGGUCAACAGCAGGAUAAACAAAAAGUACAGUUUCGAGUUGGAGCAGGAGGCCCGACAGUGGAUGGAGGCAGUGUUACAGAGACCAUUAGUAGAGGGUGAAGAUUCCGAUACCCCAUUGGGCGAGGAAAAAUUCCAGGCGGCCCUAAAAGAUGGAGUUUUAUUAUGCGAAUUAAUGAACACUCUAAAGCCAGGGGCAAUCAAGAAGAUCCACCGGGUGGCGUCUGGCAGUUUCAAGCAGUUCCGGGACAUGGAGAACAUCGAGAAUUUCCUGAAUGCCAUCGUGGCGUACGGUGUCGCCGUCACCGACAAGUUCGGUACCGCCAACCUCACAGACAGAAACAACGGCAUGGCCAUCGUUCUUAACUGUAUACACGCCGUGGGACGGGCGGCCCAGAAGAACGGUUUCGAAGGUCCCACUCUUGGACCAAAAGAAUCGCAGUACAACCCAAGAAACUUCGACGAGGAAACGUUACAUGCAGGCCAAAAGAUGAUAGGUCUACAGUACGGUUAUACACAAGGUGCCAGUCAGAAGGGAAUGAACUUCGGCAAGACUCGGUCCAUCACGGACUGAUAGCCGGAUAACACAGAUAUUAGAAACUUUUUUACAAUUCCACUCGUCUGCGUUUUCAUGUGAAGCAUUUUCAUGUGAAGCAUAAGGCUUGCAACACGUGACACAGAUCUCUUUUAAACUUAAAGGGGCACACUAUAGGGAAGAUGCAAACAAUAUUUUUAUAAUGUAUUGAAUGAACAAAAAAAAACCACACAUGAUUUGUGUACAAUAAAAAACUCUAUUUUGGCACUGUUUUUACCGGGGAAUUCGAAAACCCCAUUUAUAUUAUGUCAUAUAAAAGAAAUUAAGGAUGAAUUUCAUUUUGUUAUAAGAUGUAGUUGUUUCGAUGACCUUCGAUGAAAUUUCAUAAAAAGUAUUUUUAUGUUGAGCCAAGCGUGUUUAAGUUUACUCAACUUGUUAGUAGAAAUAACAAACCAAAUAUUGUAAAUUUAUGUAAUUCCUUGGAACAGGCAAAUAAAAAACAUGUUAAUCAAUGCUAUUGCUUAAGUUUUGAUCGUAUAAUGCAGUGCCGUAGCUACACUGAGGCACACCGGGGCAGCUGCCUCGGUGUUUUAUUGAGCAUUUAAUAAUUUCUAUAGCUCUAAAAAUAACUCUUUUCGAUUCACUUCAUUUUCCUCAAUGUACACAAACCAUCGAACAAACAUACUCCAGAAUGCAGGAAAUCGCUUCUUGCAAAAAAAUAAUUCCGGGGGGGGGGGGAUAGAUCGUUUUACCUCGGUGUUUUUAUAAGUCUGGCUACGGCACUGUAAUGUGUCUAAUUAACAAGCUAUACAGCUUUUUAAAUCCAGUAGUAUUUACAAUAUUGCUAAACAUGAACAUUCUCCAUAUUCCUUAUCUAUAUUUGAGUUUUUAUUGAUAUUGGCUACCUUGUCACAACGAUCACAUGCAUCGACAUCUUGUUUACUUGUAUAUUGUUUCACCAGAUGCUUUGUUGUAUAAGUCGAAAUAACCUUCUGUUCUGUUCUGUUUUACAAAGACUAAUAACUGUGCACGAAUCGUAUCCUUUUUUGUUUCGAUCAUUAAGUCAAAUAAGUUAAACAUAAUAAUGCAUUAAAAUAAAUAUAUAUAUUUUUUGCAAUUUUCAAAUGUAAGCCUAUAUUGUGUCCAUUUAAGUGCGUGUUAUGGAAAAGGCAUGAGUAUUUGUUCUUAGUUUACUUGUAUUUAGGACAGUGUUACACGUACUCACCAAAUUUCACCUGUAACAGUCCUUCAAUGAUAUGUUUAACAGAAAAUAUGCAUUAUGAUAUGAAAAUUUUCGACGUAUAUAGAUCUGAUGAGUUUUUUUUCUGUAUAAAAAAAACAAAUAUAAUUUAAUAAUCAAGCGAUAUUAUUUUUUAAAACUUGUUUCGUCAUAUUUUGUCGCUGGGUGAAGGUUGGUACGAAAAUGAGUAUUUUCUUAAAUUCAGAAUCAUAGCUAUUUUUCUCAAAUAAAUUUAAGCGUAAGAUAUAAAUUGUCGUGUGAAAACUCCAAACAUUUGUAGAAAUAGCAAGAUAAAUCAUGAACGUAAUUGUUUUGUUUCAACCAUAUUAUUUUAGAGACUUUUCCGAACGCUGUCAGCGACAAGAAUUGACAUUGACAUUUUCAUUGUAAAAAAAAACUCUUGCUUGCUAUGAAAAAAUGUAUACAGCAAUGUGCAAUGUAUCUACAUGCUUCGCAAAUGUGUUGGUUAUGUUUAUGUAUGCUUGAAUGAUUGUCGUCCUCAAAGCUGCACUCUCACAGAUUGAACUUAUGACAAUUUUAUUUUUAUUUUUUGUCUUGGAAUUAGCCAUUUUUUGCGUAAAUAUCUAAAAACCAGUGAUACACGACUGCUGACAAAAUAUCAGAUUGCAGGUUUUGAUAUUAACGUUUGAAAAUUGAUAAUGAGAAAUGAGUUUUCGGCAUUUAUAACUUAAUUGAAGGCAUCUUAACCAAAAUCAGCUCAUUCCGAGACAAAAACUUAAAAAGAUCAAAACUGCCAAUCUGUGUGGGUGCAGCUUUAAUAAACACUUGAUUUAGGUUAAAAUCUAAUAUGUAUACAGUUGUCUUAAAUUUUGUUAAAUCAACGAAUUAUUGUUACAUUUUUAACAAACUCAGAAAUCUCAAGCUGUUGAGAAUCUCAAUUACUUCCGUAUUUAAUGUUUCUUGUUUUGUACAAAUUAUAUAAAGUUAUGCUGAUAAUUCUGAAGAUAAGAACAUCACAGCUUGCCGUGAAGGACUUUCUGUAAAACUGUCCACUUCAGUCGAUAUUUUAUGAAUUAUGCACCUGUUUUGUCUUAGAUUUAUUACUCAUUGUCACAUUGUCAUACAUUUUGUAACCGUUUGUUGAACUUAGGAUGUUAUUUUAUACAUGUUAGGUAGGGAAUAUAAUGUACCAAAUAAAAGAAGUAAUUAUUC